AUGAACAAGCAGCACGACAACGAGAAAGACAUUCGUUCGGUGGCGGAAAAGUUGGCACAGUUCGAUCUCCAGGAGCUGCGUGAGCUUUCAGCCAAUGCUCUGCAGAUGCGGGACGAGGUCAUGAACUGUAUCAACCGGCUGAACGUCUUAGACAGCCAGUGGCUUCGAGACAAGGAGGAAUUGCGGGAAAUAGUGGAAAGGACAAACCAGGACCUCAAGGACCUGCAGAAGUACAUUAUGGGCAAGAUCGAUGUCGGCAUCGAGGCAGACGCCGACCUUCGGCGUGACCAGCAGAUCUUGAACGAGCGCAUGCAGCUCAUCGCGGAUGACCUCCGCCUCUUGAUGGAAGAGCACCAGCGAUUAGCAAACCGCACGCUUGGUGUGGUGGAGGAGAACGAGGAAAUGCGGACGCUCCUCGGGCAGGUGCGGGAAGACAACGAGCAUCUGCGGCACGACAAUUUCCAGGUCAGCACGCGGGUUCUCAGCUUAGAAGGCGCAGCGAGCGAAAAGUGGCAAGAGUUUACACCAGCAGUUCUCUACUUCCGCAACUGGCAUCGCACUGCCAAGGGGGACGAUGUGCAGCUUUCUGCAGAUCUGUCCAUUGCAGUAGGCCGCGGAUUCCUGGCAGCUACGGGCGUCGUGAUAGGAAACACGGAGGGCCUGGCUGUAGGCGAUGGUCCCUGCAGGCAUUUCGGGACUCCGGGUUGUUUCUCUUCUUAUUACGAGAUCGAGGUGGAUGAAGUUACAGCCUCUCCGGCUGGUGCCGGCGGGCUGUUCAUUGGUGUCUCCUUGCAGAGUGGCGAGGAGAUUGCCAAUCAUCCCCGAAAAGAGUUCGACGGCUGGUUGGUUGGAGGCAGUGGCAAGGCUUUGACACUUCGGGCCAGCUGUGCAGCGGAGCCAAUCGAUGCGGAAAAGCUUCCGGACACUUUCGCCCCAACCAGCGACGAGCGCAGUCUGCGUGAUGCCAGAAAGGCUUUGAAGCUCCUCCGAGCAGCGCUGCCUCCCCUGGCGAAGGGAAAGGUGGAGGAGGUGGAGCUCCGGGACAGCUGGAGCAGUGAGCAUGGCCGCUGGCGCACAGCGCUCUGUGCUGCCGCGCUAGCCGUUGUAGCACGCCAUGCGUCGCGGGCCUGGUGUGAACCGGGCCGUCGCAGUGCUGGCUCCAGUCACCGCUGCUCUGGCCGCCGGCGUGUCUUUGAUGCCGUUGCCGUGGCGCUGCUGGCGGAAGAGGCUUUCGCGGAGCAGGUUCCCGUGUACACAGAGACGGACAACCUCGGAGAGGUUUGGACGACUGCAAGCGUGCUCAAGCGUCGUGCCAAAGAAUUGCAGAAGCUGAGCAAACGCAAGCUCCGGGGUUCGCAGGCCCCUCUUCCACGGGCCUUUCUGACCUAUCUCACCCGAGUGUUAAUCAACUACGACCGCAGAUCGAUUAAGCUUUGGGCGCAGUCCGCACCCGAGGGCGCCGCACCGGCUGAGGCGCGGCGAGCACAGUUUGCCGCCCUGGCGGCCGCUGUGGACCUGGGCAUCAUCGGCGCCUACGGCAGUGAUGCACAAGGCAUCCAAAGCCUGGCGAAAGCACUCCGUGGCCUUUGCCGGAGUGACACGUCGGCCAAGCGACAGGUGGCUUUUGCUCUGUCGUUGCUUCCGUCCGACUUGCAGCCCGUGAAUGUCAUCGAGGAGCUGGUCAGCGAUGUCACUUCCAGUUUGGACUUCGUGGAUAUUCCCAGCUCUAACUUGGACGCGGCAGCAGCUGCCACGGAUGCCGCCCUGCAGCGGCUGCCGAAGGAAUCCCUUCCACGUCGACUGGCUGCGCUCAUCCCAGAUGGUUUGGCGCUUCCUGAGUCGGUGUGGAACGGCACCACCAGCUAUCGCCCGACCGAGCGGGCCCUCCUUGCGGCUGCGGCUCUGUCCUCUCUGGAGGUGAACCUUGAUGGCGGCGAGGGCUUUGGCGUUGGCCUCUUGGCGGGUGCAGAGCUGCCGGCGCCGGAGCGCCCCGCGAGCUUGGAUCCGCUCUUCGGUCCUCUGGGAAGAUCUCCGGUCGCUCGCGAGCGGGCUUUGGACUCCUCGCAGUACCUCCGCCUGGCCAUCUCCGGCGCCGUCUGCAGCGCGGUGGUCCGUGCGGUGCUGCAGCCUCUGGAGGUCGUCAAGACCACUCAGCAGCUCAGCCCUCCCAGAGAGAACGAUGCAGGGGAGCCGGGUGACUUCCAAAGCACGGCGAAGAGCCUUCUGGAAGCCGGAGGCUUUGGUGCUCUGUACAAAGGGACAGAUGCCACGGUUCUCGCCACUGGUGUCAUGGGCUUUACCAGCUUCGGGCUGAACGAGCUCUUCAGGCGGAGCCUGGAAUCAAUGACUGGUGACACAACCGGUCAACCUAGUGCCUUGCUGGUGCUUGGCGCAUCGAUUGCGGCUGUGUUUGUUUCAGGCUUCAUCGCUGCACCGUUUGAAACCUUGCGCGUGCGCGUGAUGGCCCCCACAGAGAGCCGCUCCUGGGGAGACUUGGCCACCGAAGCUGUGAGCAAAGGACUCUCUGAGCUUUGGGCAGGCCUCGGACCCUUCUGGGCCAGGGAGAUUCCCUUCUCUGCAUGCAAGUUCCUCGUGUUCGAUCUGGCUUCACGUGGCCUUUUCAGCUUGUUCCCGGCGGCCGCGGAUGCCGCCAGCCUGCAGGUCUCUGCCGUGGCCGGUGCCAUCGCCGGCCUGGCCUCCGCCGUGGUCUCCAACCCUGCUGAUGUCAUCAUUACACAGAUAUCCUCAGGUGGAGAUGCAGCAGGUCGCAGGUCUCCCGGCAAGCUCGAUCUGUGGAAGGGCCUCGGGGCUCGCAGCGUAUACUUUGCGGCAGCCAUUUGCGCCCAAUUCCUGCUCUACGACUCCGUGAAGGAGUUGUUGGGCGUGGGCUCCGGAGACCUGCAGCUGGCUCUUCGAAUGGGAGACCGUGUGGGCGUGCUCUUCAGGACUCUGUGGGCCCUUGCGGCCCUGUCUGCCGUACCGUUCUCUCACGGUGACUGCUUGGCCCCGGUAGUUGAUGGACAGCAUCCAAGCGGCUCCUGCGCCGAAGGUGCGGUGAUUUCAGCUUUCGGCACAUGCGAACCACAGUGCGCGGAGGGCUACAUCCUCGAAGUCGCGAGCAGCAAUGGGCUGCUCCUGUGUUUGAGCGGCCAGCUGGUUCCACCGACCUUUCAGUGUAUCGGCCUGAACUGCUCUGCCCCAGUCGGCAUUCCAUUCGGGGGGGAGGAGGAAGAGAACCAUACAAACUGCGAAGAGGGCGGUUCUGUGGUUGUUCAUGGAUCGUACUGCACGCCCAGGUGUAGAAAUGGCUAUACCCCGAAUCUGGACGGCUUGCCUUGGGAUCCGGUGCUGCGGAAGAGCAUCCUCCCCUGUGUCGCGGGGGUCCUCGCACCGUCGACCUUCACUUGUAUGGGAAUGCCCUGCCAGGUGCCGCGUACCGGCACGGGAGAGGGGCAGAUCUUGAACGCCCAUGCGCUUCGCCCGUGCUCCAUAGACCUCUCAGAGAUUCCGCACCUGGGCUUCUGCGACCCCCUUUGCCGGGACGGAUGGCAUCCGAACGUAUCUCUGAUACAGUGCGUGGCUUCGAACCUGACCUCCCUCUUCGAGUGCCUGGGCAACUACUGUCCCGCACCCAAGCUGGUGCAGUUUGCCGAAGCGGUGACCUGUCAAGAGGGCCCGGAAGCGGAGCACGAAGGAAUUUGCACGCCCAACUGCAAGCCAGGGUACCGUCCAAGUGCGGACGUGCUGACUUGCAGAAACGGUGUCUUAACGCCCUUCAGAUACGAGUGCUUCCCGGAGAACUGCACUGCCCACUUCGAGCUACCAUGGGCCUUGCCGCCGUCACCCGGCUACAACCGGUCUCUAGGCAUCAACAGCCCACUUGUCGAAUGGGUACCGCCGGAAGCGAGGACUUGUGCGGAAGGGCCCAGCAUGUUCCACCGCGGACGUUGUACCGCUCAAUGCUUGCCUGGAUAUGAGCCGGACAUACCUUUCCUUUCCUGCAACCUGGGCAACUUCAGUCCGCCAGUGUACCAGUGCGUGGGCCAGCCCUGUCAGGCGUUGCAGGGCAUUCCGGAUGCUCCUGCCUUGACAUGCGAGGAAGGCACAGUCCUGGAGCACGGAGGGUCCUGCACCACGAAGUGCGACUAUGGCUUUGUCCCCUCCGAUGCAGUCCUGAGUUGCAAUGCGACGGUGCUGGAUCCCGCGAACUAUACUUGCAUCGGCACUGCUUGCAACGCUCCGUCUGGUGUCGCAAAUGCCCCAACUAUGCCGUGCGUGGAGCCCCCCGAGAACCUGACUCACGGAAGCAUUUGCACGACGCAGUGCUUGUCAGGGUUCGUACCCAGCACACCGGUGCUGCACUGCUACGGAGGACAAUUGAGGCCCGCGAGCUUCGAGUGCAUAGAGGAGUCGGUGUGGCUCGGCUAUGAGCCCUCCGACGACACCAUUGCCAAGGCGUGGGCCGAAAACGUUGCCGCCGCUGGGCUGCGUGAGGGCACAGCCCUGGCCUGCUUUAAGGAUGAGCUCAGCCGGGCCAUACACUGCGUGGUUUUGCUGGCCUCUGUCACGGCGACGCGGCAGGGCCAGUGGAGCACACUGACUGGGCCGCAGGUGGAGGAGUUUGUCCUGGAACCCCUUACCUUGGACAAGGCAGUCGCGUGCUACCGAAUCACAGGUGGGAGCACAAUGUGCCGUGCUCUGGAGCUCGUGUCCGAGUCGCUGUGGCAGGGUGCAGAGGUGCUGCUGAGCACAGCUGAGACCUACCACAUCUCGCUGGCAAGCCUGGCGGACGGGGCAGCGGUCUGCUUCCAGCAAGGUUUGGACACCUGGCGAUGCCGGCUCCUGGACCUGGGAAGCUCGAGUAGCCUCUCAGUGGGGCCAGAGUUGGUGGUGCCUGGAACUCUCUCAGGGCUCGCCCUGGCCAGCCUCGGCUCGCGCCGCUCGCGCCUCGUGGCUUGCGGUGCGGAAUCCACCGAGGGCCGUUCCUACUGCCACCUCCUCGAGGUCUCCGCAGGCUCCAUGCUGAGCAAUAUCAGUUCCGUUGAGGUGAGCACCCAGGCUGCAUUUCUCGUUGCGACCCACCUCACCUCGCCAAGCGACGCCGUUCUCCUCUGCUUCUCGGACUGGAGCUCCGUGAGCGCGGUGUGCAAGAUGCUUGAAGCGAGCGGUGAUACACUUGUGGAGGCGGGAAACGUUACGGUGGACCACGGUGUCACUCGCUACCUAAGUGUUGGUGCCGUGUCUGCCAGCCGUGCUCUACUCUGUAUGGAGCGCCAGGGCCCUUUGCUGGAACACUGUAUGGAUCGACGUCUUCAGUGCGAAGACUGGGCUGCGGCCGGCGAGUGCGGCUUCAACCCGAAGUUCAUGUUCGACCUGUGCCCUCAGACCUGCGGAGUCUGCACGCAGGUUGGAGCGAGCCAGGGCCGGUGCCACGUCGUGGGCGUCACGUCUGACGGUAUGUUGCAAGCAGGACCCGAGGCUGUCGUGAACGAUGGCAUCUCGUGGAACUUUGCGGCAGCUGUGGUGCGGAGCGACACCGCACUGGUGUGCUUCUCCGACUCCACGCGCAGAGAUGCUGCAAGGUGCCGGACUGUUUGGGGCCCUCGCAACUGGGACCCGCUGGAGGUGAGGGCCUGCUCGGAGAACGUGUCGGCCAGUUGUGUGCCGUGA